AGAAAAGAAAAAUAUAUUUGGUCAAGCUAUUUACUGCGCACGCCGCAUAGAGGAGUUUGAGACUAAACGGAGAGGAUCGACAUGGCAAGAGAUAGUUGCUUGGCUCGGAUCACCGCCGGCGUUGCCGUGGGCGGCGCAGUUGGUGGCGCUGUUGGUGCUGUUUAUGGGACUUAUGAGGCUAUCCGGUAUAAGGUUCCUGGACUGCUAAAAGUCAGGUAUAUUGGACAAACUACAUUGGGUAGUGCAGCUAUUUUUGGUCUUUUCUUGGGUGCUGGAAGCUUGAUACAUUGUGGAAAAUCUUACUGAAUGUUCUUUCGAUAGUACUUUCUGGUUCAUAAGGUUGUAUUUUACGUAACUAUGAGAGAGGACAAGUUUUCUUCUGUUCAUAAUCAAACCAAGUAUUUUCUUUUUCAAUUAAUUUGUUGAGGUCUUACUUUGAAUACUUUGCUAGAGUAUGUUGAAGAUGGAUUUGCAUGAUUCAUAAGAUACUUGGAUGGAAGAUGGGUUUUGUUUGCCCCUUUUUGAAUGUUGGAGCCAGCCAGAGCAAUGAAUUGUGGAGGACCAAGUGGUCAAGGGAUGCAAGUUUUUGUUACUUGUGUAUGUCCCUUCCUAUUUGAGGGUUGUCAUUUAUAUUCAAGCACUAUAAGCUUGGUUUUGUGCAUUUUAUUAAUAAAAUAGAAAUCUUAAUAUCAUGUAA